ACAAGAAAGUAAAUUUGUUAGAAUUUAAAAUUAAGAAAAGACAAGAAAGUAAAUUUGUUAGAAUUUAGAGCAACGAAUACUAAUUUUAGGGCCGAAUUGGGCCUGAUUUUCCGCAAUGAGGCCUAGCUCAUUAUUAUCAUCUCAAUCUCUCUUCUGCAUUGGAGCUAGAAAGUAAUUCGGCCCGGCCCGGCCCAUUGGAUGUUAAACCCGAACCCGUGUCCACCUCCGCCUUGCCUAAUUGCAGACUUGACAGUGCCUUCCAGAAUUCUCUGGUGCUUGCUUGAUUACUUCCAUAUCUCACCGUCUCCCUUCGAACUCUCUCCAUUACUCUCGAUUUGCCUACCUCCUUCUUCCACCAAAGCUCUCAACUUUCCCAUCUCCCGCCUUAUAUAACGCUGCACCAAUGGCCGCCCAGCAAUCUCAAUUCAAAACAGAAACCAACGCAUUACUCAAACCUCAAAACCGAGAAAAAUUCCCAAAUCCCAAGUUCACAGAUCAUCCCUUCCAAGUCAAUCCGACCUACCAAUCUUCUUACAAUCUGCAAUGGCGCCCAAAACCGAAGGCAAGGCUAUCGGCAUUGACCUUGGCACCACCUACAGCUGUGUUGGAGUGUGGCAGAACGACAGGGUGGAGAUCAUCGCCAACGAUCAGGGCAACCGCACCACUCCUUCGUAUGUUGCGUUCACCGAUACAGAGCGUCUCAUCGGCGAUGCGGCCAAGAACCAGGUCGCGAUGAACCCUCACAACACUGUCUUCGACGCCAAGCGUCUCAUCGGCCGGAAAUUCUCCGACCCCUCCGUACAAGCAGACAUGAAGCACUGGCCGUUCAAGGUCGUUCCCAGCGACGGAGGAAACCCGAUGAUCGUGGUCCAGUACAAAGGCGAGGAGAAGCAAUUCGCUCCGGAAGAGAUCUCCUCCAUGGUGUUGGUCAAGAUGAGGGAGAUUGCGGAGGCCUUUUUAGGUCAAAACAUUAAGAACGCUGUGGUCACCGUUCCGGCUUACUUCAACGACUCGCAGAGGCAGGCGACGAAGGAUGCAGGUUCAAUUGCCGGCCUCAACGUUCUCCGAAUCAUCAACGAGCCGACCGCCGCCGCAAUUGCUUACGGGCUGGACAAGAAAGGGUCGAGGAGCGGCGAGAAGAAUGUUCUCAUCUUCGAUCUCGGCGGAGGAACGUUUGAUGUCUCUCUGCUGACGAUUGAGGAAGGGAUCUUCGAAGUGAAGGCCACCGCCGGAGAUACACAUCUGGGAGGUGAGGAUUUCGACAAUCGGCUGGUGAAUCACUUCGUGGCGGAGUUCAAGCGGAAGAACAAGAAGGAUAUCAGCAGCAACGCCAGAGCUUUGAGGCGGCUGAGAACCGCGUGCGAGAGAGCGAAGAGGACUCUGUCUUCCACCUCUCAGACCACCAUCGAAAUCGAUUCCCUCUACGAAGGUAUCGACUUCUAUUCCACCAUCACUAGAGCUAGGUUUGAAGAAUUGAACAUGGAUUUGUUUAGGAGGUGUAUGGAGCCUGUGGAGAAAUGUCUCCGCGAUGCCAAAAUCGACAAGGCACAGGUAAACGAUGUUGUUCUGGUGGGAGGGUCGACGAGGAUUCCCAAAGUCCAGCAGCUGCUUCAGGAUUUCUUCAACGGGAAGGAGCUCUGCAAGAGUAUUAACCCUGACGAGGCGGUAGCUUACGGAGCAGCUGUUCAGGCGGCGAUUCUGACUGGGGAAGGAGACGAGAAGGUUCAGGAUUUGCUUCUCUUGGAUGUCACCCCUCUCAGCUUGGGGCUUGAGACCGCAGGCGGUGUGAUGACGGUGUUGAUUCCGAGGAACACAACGAUUCCGACGAAGAAGGAGCAAGUUUUCUCGACUUACUCUGAUAAUCAGCCUGGAGUUUUGAUUCAGGUGUACGAAGGGGAAAGGGCGAGAACUAAGGAUAACAAUCUGCUUGGGACAUUCGAGCUGAAGGGUAUCCCACCGGCUCCAAGAGGAGUCCCGCAGAUCAAUGUCUGCUUCGAUAUGGACGCCAAUGGCAUCCUGAACGUGUCAGCGGAAGACAAGACGGCUGGGGUGAAGAACAAGAUCACGAUCACAAACGACAAGGGGAGAUUGAGCAAGGAUGAGAUCGAGCGGAUGGUGCAGGAGGCGGAGAAGUACAAGGCCGAGGAUGAGGAAGUGAAGAAGAAAGUUGAGGCUAAGAAUGGUCUUGAGAAUUAUGCCUAUAACAUGAGAAACACAGUGAAGGAUGAGAAGUUUGCAGGGAAGCUGGAUCCAGCAGACAAGCAGAAGAUUGAGAAGGCGAUAGACGACGCGAUUCAGUGGCUUGAAGGCAACCAGUUGGCUGAGGUGGAAGAGCUGGAGGACAAGCUGAAGGAGUUGGAAGGACUCUGCAAUCCCAUAAUCUCCAAGAUGUAUGGAGCUGGUGGCGAUGUGCCGAUGGGCGGUGGAAUGGGGGGUGGUUCUGCCGGCUCUGGUGCUGCAGGUGCUGCUGGUCCCAAGAUUGAGGAGGUUGACUAAAUUGAUGAGAGUAAUUGAUUGGAUGCCAUUGUGAUGUUGUCUUCAGCUAAGUUUUCUGUGGGAUGGUUGAAUUUAAAAGGAGUGGUUUAUUAGGAUUUGUAUGAAUGUCUUUAUCUUAAGGAUCUGUAAGACCUAUUCUAUGCAAUAAAAUUGGUGGGUUUCUUUCAGUUUUUUAUCUGCUACAUAAACUUGUCUUGUUACAGCUCUGAUGCAUAGUAGCAUGGCUGAUGUCUAAACGCUGAACGCCUCAUUUGGGUAUAAAGCAAAUAUUCUCAA